AUGUACAGCUUGAUCUCAAACACCCAAGUCCAUUAACUUGUCCCUCUAAUCAAGCGAAGCUUGAUCACAGCUUAGAAUGUAAAAAUGAGCUCGCAGUGCAGGACUUGCAAGAGAAUGAAUCUACUCCAGGUGUUAACUUGGUUGAUAAGCCCAGCACUGAAUCAUACCUUAUGUAUAAAAACAACAUCAUGGAUAACACAGUCAUAGAAAUCGCAAGCUGUGUUGAAGUCUCUAGUUGUAGGACAUCAGACAAUUGUGAUCUAAGUCUUCCCAUGGCAGUAAAGCAAAAGCAGAAUGGGAGAAGUUGCUGUGAAGUCUCUGAAAGAUCUCCAGAACUUGAUAUGGAAACAGAAAAGCAAGACCACAGUGCUCAAUGGGAAUUGUACAAAAGAAUUCAACUUGAUCAACUUUUGCCAAGCAUGUUUCAAAAGCAGGUUUUCUCCUCAAGUACAAACAGCAAUAUGGGCAGACCUGCAGACAACAUUUCCAAGCUAAGAAAUGAAAGCAAAGAUCACAGCAAAGUUGAAACGAACCUAAACAUGAGAUUCUGCAAAGAUAUCCAUCUCAAAGUUACUCUAAAAGCCAGCAAAACAUCUGCUCAUAAUACAGAAGUGCUUUCUCUCUCUGAGCGAUUUUCAAAAAUUAAAGUCCUUCAAAAGAAAUUGAGUGAAAGAAACAAUGAAAUGAUUCAAAGCCCAAUGAUCCAAAUGUGCAGUAGCAAAGGAUACAAAGAAACUGCAACUUGUAAUGUUGAACUACUACAACUACUAGCUCAGAGGUACAGUAAAUCUAAAAUGUAUGUAAAACGGAAGAGCUUGAGCAGAACAGGCAGUAAGAAGGCAUGUCUCAAAAAACAGCACGCAGUUCUAUCACUAGGUCACUCUCUAAAGAGGAGCAUAUAUGUCAAAAAGACAUGCUUUUGGAAAACAAAGAGGAAUCAUAGCAGAACAGUUGUGUCUGCUGAGAGCCCCCAUGAAACAGUAAACAGCAAAGCAACAUCAGACUCUUCAAACAGUCAGUCUGAAAUAGUCCUUACAGAACAUGAAGAUCAAGACCCAGACUCUCUCACAUCUGAUGAUAGACAACCGUCACAUGUUCAGGGUUCUCAGGAGGCUAAUACCACUCUUCCUGGGGACAAACCAAUAGAGGAGCCAAUAAGUCAUACAGAACCACUUUCAGAAGAUAUCUAUAAAAGUGAUUCAGUCUACACUGAGAAGGCAACAAAAGAUUUGACUACAAAUCUAAUCUCAUCAAUGGUGGAUAAAGGAGAACAAGUGAAAACAGCUGAAAACAUCUCCAAUCAAAGCCAAACAUCCUUGACUACAUGCUCUAGAAAAGAACAUAGGAGUAACACAGAAUGCAAAGAGGAGAACAUGUUUCUGAAAUUGACAUCAGAGACUGGACUGAAUCCAUUAAGCAAGGAGCAUUUCACAAUGAAAAUCACAGUAGAUGACAAUGUAGGUGCUUUGAGUAUGCAUGAUUGUGAGGCAUCAGAAACACACAGUGAUGUGCCUGCAAACAACACAAUCAACAGUCAUAAAACUAAACUCCAUACAAACAUGACAGCAGAAGCCAAGGUGAUGGAUGCUAUCAAUGCUAAGGCUGAGACAGACACUAUAAAAUUUAGUGAGCAAAAUGCAAGUAUGAAAAAUACUCUAAAUGUACAGUGUUUUGAAACAACAGAGCACAUGUCAGCAGAUAUCCCAUAUAUGAACCAAUCAUGUUUCAAAAUGUUUACUAGCACAUCUAAUGUCAGCAGUGUUCGGAGUACUGGUUCUGAGGCAUUUGAAGAAACAACACCAGAUUCAAAGCAGUGUGGUCCAAAGGAUUUGAAAUAUGCAUCAAAUAAUGUUAUUGAUCUUACUGUUGAUGAUCCAGCGUUGAGCGUCCAAUGUAAGAUUUCUUCAGAACAGGUGAACACAAAGAAGAGUAGCAACACUAGUUUGCUUGGCUCUACCAAAUCACCAAGUACUCUGGCAAUCAAAGACAACUGUAAUUUAUCAAAGACAGACCAAAACAAAAUUAACGAGGCAAGCUCACCAGAAACUCAGCUCAUUUCUAAACUAAGAGAUUAUUUGUCCAAAUUUGAGUCCACUGUCAAGAAACAAGAAGAGGUGAAUGAAGAUCUUAAAGAAAGACCAGUGGUGUGGAUAACACUUGACAGCACAGCCCAUAAACAGCAGUUGUUUGAAAAAAGCCAGUAUUGUAUGGUAAAUGUUCCCUGCCUGAUGCCUCACAGGGGUGAAGCUGUUAAAAAAGACAAUUCAAGUGAAUACACAGAAGCCCCUAUUCAAGCUAGGAAGGUUGUUCGAAGUGAACAUGCUCAAAAUGGAACUGAUGUUUGCCUACUAGUGCCAGUUGAAUCUAAGAGAGGCAGACGAUCUUCUCAAAUCAAACGAACCAGUAAGCAAAGAUCAAGAAAGACCUCAGUACCUAGUGUCAGUCCUAACAGCACCAGUGCUAUAGACACCGUCAAAGGUAAUAGUCCUCACCCUUUGCCACAGGUGAAUGACCAAAACACUGUUUUUCCAGAAAUCUCCAUCAGUAAUACCCUUAAUGCUCAGUUACAGAUGCAAAGAAAAAACACAACAGGCCAACAAAAUCCCUCAAUGAUUUUUAAUAGUUUAUGUAAACAAAAAAGUCAAAAGAAACCAUCUUUGAAUACCAUAAAAAUCAUUGCUGAUGGCAAUGUGAGCAGUACAUUCGCUGACAAUAAAUACAGCAUAAGUGACAUUUCAAAUACUCUUGAAAUGGCUGAUCAGACAACAUCAUUAACCGAACUAGGAUCUUUGCAUUCUAAAUGCAAAAUCAUGUUGCAGCAUUUUAUCUCAUGUUUUGAACAAGAUCAGAAAGUGCCAUUCAACCAAUAUUUCAUUUCAAGGGGUAUCAUCCUAGAAAAAUACUUGGACCAUCCACCUGCACAAGCAGACUUGAAGUAUGAAGCAGUGAAUUCUUACUUGGAGUUGCAGAUGAUGAUGGAAGCUUGGCAGUUUGUAGAAAACAAAAUCAACUUUCUGAGUGGUAAACCCACGUUUAGGAGUUUGCUAUGGUAUGACCCUUCUCUUUAUGGAGAACUCUACAAAGGGGAGGUUGGCUUUCAGCAGCAGUCAUCAUUGUUUACUUCUUUUCAAAAGAUCUUAGCACAAGAAGGCUGCAGUAAACUGCUGGAAUAUUACAGUGCAGUGUCCUCUGUGCACCAACAGCUCUGUGCAGCCCCUGAUGCAUCUUACUACAUGUAUCUGAAGAGUAAGCGUGAGCUCCUUGAGGCUGAGGCUGCACUCAGAAAUCCCCACAACAUUAAAAGCUUCUUUUUAUCUGUACCAGUGUCUGCAAUGAUCAAUUUAGGAGACAGUUUGGAAAGAUUGGAAAAGAUACACAAAGUGAUAAUGACUUUUGUGGAAACACCUUCGGAUCAGUUGCCAGGGACAUUUGAUGUGGGCAAAGCAGAGCAUCUGUCCAUCACAUUCAGAUAUCUUCAAGAAAAAGCUAUUUUUGUGAAGUCAUGCAAAGAAAUUAUUAGCAAAGUAUCAUGGUUUGGAAUCGAGCACCUUUUUUAUGAUGCCUCUAAGGUUCAUGUAUGGCAAGACAUGAGUCAUGGUGCACCAAGUGAGGUCCUCAAGACAUAUAAUAAUUCAAACCCGCAGAUUAUUUUUGGGGUAACAGAGUCAGGUGUUACUCUCGUAAACAAAGUGGAACAGCCCCCUCCAUCCAUGGAUGGAGCAGAGACCCCAACAAAACAAACAAGUAAUGCUGUUCGGAAACGGAAAGGUUUGCAGUUAUGGACAUCCUCACAACCUAGUGUUGCAAAGAGUGUAAAGGCUGACAAUGAUGUGGCUUAUAAAAUGGCUAAAAGGAGAGUGGAUCCAGGGCAUUGGGGAAUGGUUGAGAGCACUGCUGCAGACUGGAAUGCCUCUCACUUAGUCCCACCUUCACCUUCGACAUCUCAUGCACAAUCUGAAAUAAAUGAUUUUAAUCUGUCUAAUAGACGAGCAACUUUAUCAGAUUCUGAUGAGAUGAGAUAUAUAGCAGACAUACAAAUACCUCAACAGCCUUCAGUCUCGGCUACCCAAGCAACUUUACGAGGAGAUUCUUGUGUUACACAUCUAACAUGUGACAGUGUUAAAUACCAACAAACUAACACUGCACCACAUUCUCCUGUGCUGUCACAAGAUCAAGUAAACCAGUUCAGUUUAGCCAUGACACAACCUUAUAGUUUACCAAAUUGCCAUUUGAAUGAAAAUUUGAUGCCGCGGCCUUUCUUGGAUCAGGCUUUGGCGCAUGUCCCUAUGCCCAGCACGAUUACAGCAAUUCAUUACCCCUACUUUCUUCUAAAUGGACAAACAUACACCACUGGCUCCACUGCAGCCAUUCACCCUGAUACUAGAUAUUAUCCUAACACCAUUUAGUUCUAAUGUACUAUGAGCAACAAAAGUCAGUCAUAUACAUAGGUAAAUUAUAUCAAAGAACAUGUUUGAGGCCAACGUCAGUCCUAAAGAGCCACAAUCCUGUGGAGUUUUGCUCCAACCUUGAUAAAACCUUACCUGCCUGUUGGUUUCUAGUAAACCUUAGAUCUUGAUUAGCUUGUUUUAUUAGGGUUGGGGCUGAACCAAAGCCACUAGAAGGUAAGCCUGCAACCUUUAGCCAAAAAAGUGUAACAGCUAAUGCUAAUUCUUCCAGUUUGCCAGUAUGUGGUAAAGGAGACCAGAGGUCUUUUAUUUUUUAAUGGAUGUCAAUGGAGUAGAGGCUUCACUAUGCUGAAUAAAAAGCUUUUUAGAAGUAACAGCUUAUCCUUUAAGAAAUUGACAUCUUUUAC